AUGCUGCCAGGGAAGGACGUGUACUGGUGGGGGGCAGCGUCCGCGUCCCUCAACGACCUGCUACACGGCUUCCCUGUCUCCUCCAAGCCCCUCCUCGGCACCUUCAACAGCCAGACAGUCGUGGUGCGACUGGCAUCAAACGUGACGUGGAGCGACUUUAAGCUCCUCUCAGUGUGGUCGCGAACCACUGCCUCAGACUACGGCCACAUAGCCCUCGAGAUCAUUGAGCCUCCAGCCCCCCCGCCCGCCCCAUCCCCAGCGCCCUCCCCUUCCCCCGCACCCUCCCCCGCCCCCACCCCCGCCUCCGCCCCGUCCCCUUCCCCCCUCGCCCCAGCCUCCUCUCCUCAGCCGUCCAAACCCCUCCUCCCCGGCCCAGAUACCCCCUCCCCUGGUUACACCCUCCCGCCAGAACCCUCGUACGCACUCCCUCCCCAGCCCCCGCUGUUGCCGGCACCCCCGCCGCCUGUGAAGCCGAGGGUGAAGCAGGGGCAGAGGCAGCCAACGAUGUUUGACAACUGCAUGCAGCUGAGUCACCGUUAUAGGGUGCGGUGGACGCUGGACGAGGCGAGAGGGUUCGUUGACGUGGGGUUGGAAGCGGUUGUGGGGAGUGGGCCGCAUUACCUGGGGUUUGGAUGGGCGGAUCCGGACAGUGUGACCAAGUUUAUGGGGUUUGCUGACGUGGUGAUUGCAGGGUUCGAUGAAGUGGCGAAACCGUUUGUGGAGGAUUACUAUAUCACAUCAUACGGGGAAUGCAACCUGGAGAAGAAGACGCCAGAGGGCGUGUGCCCUGACCAUCUUUUGGGCAGCGGCAACUCGUCUCUCGACAACGUGGAUCUGAUCUACGGCCACCGCGUGGACGGCAUCACGUUCGUCCGCUUCCGCCGCCCGCUCGUGAGCCCGGACAAAAGAUUUGAUCACGAUAUCGACGCAGAAGACGAGAUGAACGUGAUCUGGGCCCUUGGCUCCUUAAAGCCCAUCCCAUCCCCCUCCUCUUCCUCCUCCUCCUCAUCCUCCUCCUCUUCCACUUCCAAUCCCUCAGUAGUAGGGGGAAUGGCAGGGGCGGCGCGAACCCCUCCCGCCCACCUCUUUCCGUCCUACCAUGGGGUCCCACAGGGGUCGUUUUUUGGGGUGGCGGUGCUGACCCUAAACCUGGCAGUUGAUGACUGUCAGAGUGUGUUGAACCCCGCGGUUGGUGUGGGAAAUGCAGGCGGAGGGGGCGGAGGAACAGGAGGAGGAGCGGGAGGGGCUGGUGGGAGCGGGGAUGGGAACGGGGAUGAUAACGAUGAUGAUGAUGAGGAUGGGUUGGGAGGGGUGGUGGGGAGCGGAUGGGGGAAAAUCGUCGUAGCCGAUAGAGGCACGCUCAUUACAGUCACAUCGGGAAAAAGCACGCACUAUCCCAACCCGCCAGCGUCAACGAAAAGCUUCUAUGUGAACGGGCACGAGGCGCCGGAGAUCAAGGUGGAAAGGGGAGUGCCGGUGCAGUUCUCCAUACAAGCUGGGCACGAUCUGGGGGUGUAUAUCACAUCGGAUCCUGUGGGCGGGCGGUUUAACAAAUCGGAGAUUAUAUUUGCGGGCGGCGAGGAGGCGCAUGGCGUGCCGGCGGAUCCCUACACCCUGCUGUGGAAACCCACUAGUUCUACACCGGACCUCGUUUACUACCAGGUAGGUGCUUGGAUGGAUGGGUGGAAGGGUUGGGUGACUGGUAGUGGCAGGAUUCGUGUUGGUGCUGACUCUCGAUCAUCCUCUUUCCCUUCAAUCCCCCCCCCCCUCUGCCCUUCACUUUCCACCCUUCACUGUCCGCCCUGCACUGUUGAACCACAGUGCUACUCGGAGCCCAAAAUGGGGUGGCGAAUCCAUGUGGUGGACGGCGGCCUAUCAGACAUGUACAACCACAGCUUCCAGCUGGCAGACGGGCUCGUCACCAUGUUCUGGACGCUCACCGCUUCAUCAAUAUCCGUGGCGGUUAGGGGCGAGCACCCGUCUGGCUACAUUGCGUUAGCCUUCGGCAGCGGCAUGGUGAACUCGUGGGCGUAUGUGGGGUGGGUGGAGGGCGGCGAGGGGCGGGUAGCGUCGUACUGGAUCGACGGAAAGGACGCCAGCAGCGUGCAUGCUGCCAGGGAGGCUCUUGACAUGAGCAAGUGCAUUCAGGUGGACGGGGUGCUGACGUUUGAGUUCAGCCGUCCGCUCAAGCCGCCCGAUUCGGACUGCGACGACAAGUGCAGCGUGAUCGACCCCUCAGAGCCCCUCAAGGUCAUCUGGGCGUACGGGCCUUCUUGGACCUCAGGCAAGCUGUCAUACAUGAACAUGCACACAGUGUGGAGCACCACCGUCACCAUCCUGGAUCUGGAGACGGGGGAGGGCACGGUGGAGCAUCUGCAGCCGGUGUUUGUGGUGCAUGGCUUCAUGAUGACCAUGGCAUGGGCUGUUCUCAUGCCCUUUGGGGUCUUGGCAGCGAGAUACUUGAAGCACAACGACUGGCUGUCCAUCCACCAGUACACGCAGUACUCAGCCCUCGCUCUCAUGCUCCUCGGCUUGCUCUUCGCUGUCGGUGAACUGGGCGGCAUCGACCUCUCAUCCAAUCAUGCCAAGAUUGGAAUGGCAACAUUCGCCCUGGGCUGCUUCCAGCCACUCAAUGCCUUCUUCCGCCCUCCCAAACCAUCACCUGGAGAGAGGCCCCAGAUGAAACGGGUCAUCUGGCAGUGGGUACACAUAUUAUUUGGCCGCGGAGCCCUCUUGGUAGGAGGAGCGGCGCUGCUGACGGGAAUAAUGGAGCUGGGGGAGACAGGGGGAGACGACUACACAGUGGACGGUUUCCUGUGGGCCAUGGUGGGGUGGUUCGCCACCAUCGCUGCCUUCGUGUGGUUUGUGGAGCGCACGAGAAAACAGGACCAGUGA